AUGUACCGCCGAGUGGCGUUGCAGUGGCAGGACGCGGAGGCAGACGGCCUCAUCUACAGCCUGAGCAAGAGCCCCGACACGUAUUUCGAGACUGGCGGGGCGUGCAAGGCUGGCGAGGCCGCCGUGGCAACGACCUGGCUGCAAUUCGACAUCUUCAAGAAGUACCUCGAUAAACUACCUGACGGAAGCGGGAUGGUCGUGGAGCUGUGUCGAGCUUGUCUGAGUGACCCAGCGCGACCUCUGACCUGGGGAUACAAUAAGCAAAUCCUCUAUUCAGACACAGAGCUGGACGCCUCCCUGCUGGUCCACGGGCCUCCAGGACUCACCGCCUACCACGUGGCGAAGGUCGACUCAGAGUACAAACUAGUCGGGACUGACGGGACGGCGAAGUGGCCAAUUCUCUGUCAGGAUAACGACCUGAAUCUGGACUUGUAGAUAUCCUGUUGACAGUCCGGUAACUGAUUAAUUCCUGCGGAUAGAAAAUUAUG